UGCACUCCCGAGGCACGCCAUUGUCGACCAGACAUCCGCUCUCCUGGUAACAUCCACGACUCUGAACAACACGCCGGAUAGAAGACUCUACACGCACACUACUCACCGGUUAUAGCACUCGAUCGAACAUAUUCGACAUGCGCUUUGCUACUCUUGCCGGCCUGACCGCACUCUUCGCUGCCACCACCAUGGCUGGGGCUCCCCAGCGAUCCGUCAUUAUCAGCUUUCCCAACGACACGCCCGACCACAUUGUAGAGGAGGCCAAGGAGAGCAUACGCAAGGCCAAGGGCGUCAUCACACAUGAGUACAACAUCAUCAAGGGCUUCGCUGCCCAUGCGCCUGCCUCUGCUCUCGAAUUUGUAACGACGAUGGGCGAGCAGUACAAGGUCGAGAUCGAAGAGGACGGCAUCGUGACUACUCAAAACGAGGAUUAGGCGGUGCUACUCCAGCUUGCAUUGUACAUCCCUGCACGGAGGCUACAGCUUUACGGGGCACGCCAUUCGCUUUUGACGUUUUGGAGUUUGAUACGGAGUAUGGCGAAGAAUAUAUGACUUUAGGAUACCUAAUCGCAAACUGAUUUCGUUGUGGGCUGGCCUGAAUGCUCACACCAAUACCUAUACCUUCAUCAUGACUGCAUUUCUUCAGGAUCCCGCCGCGACUGUAAGCCAUAUCCGAUCCAUGCGCCGAAGUUUCCAUGAGUUCGGCGGUGUGCGUGUACUGCGUAUGCGUGUG